CCGCCCGCCGCCCGCCCAGCGGCUCCCGCCGUGAGGGCCGAACUCGGACCCCCAUCCCCGCAGGACGGACAGGAGAGGGGGCUCGGCCCGGCCCCCCCUGCUCCCCAGCCAUGGGCAGCCACGAGAAGGACCUGUCCUCCCCAAAAAGAGCCCUGUCCCACUCCAACAGCACCGUGUCUUCCAAGCACAGCAGUGUCCAGCAGGGCUCAGAGAGCUGGGAGGUGGUGGAGGAGCCUCGUGCACGGGGCAGCCCAGGGCAGGAGCUGCAGAGGCACGAGGGGUACCUGCUCAAGAAGAGGAAAUGGCCCCUGAAGGGCUGGCACAAGCGGUACUUUGUGCUGGAAAACGGGAUCCUGAAGUACUCCACCACCCGCCAGGACGUCCUCAAGGGCAAACUGCACGGUGCCAUCGACGUCCGUCAGUCCGUCAUGUCCGUCAACAAAAAGGCACAGAGGGUCGACCUGGACACGGAGGAGAACAUUUACCACCUCAAGAUCAAGUCCCCGGAGCUCUUCUCCAGCUGGGUGAGCAGCCUCUGCACCCACCACCACGGGGAGAAGCCCUGUCCCACGGGGGGCCCCGGGGGGAGGACCCCCACCAACGCCCAGGGCCAGUGGACACGGAUCCUGCCCUCGGGCAGUGCCCCUGCCCUGUCCACGCUCGCCAGCUCCCGGGACAAGGUGAACGCCUGGCUGAAGGACAGCGAGGGGCUGGAGCGCUGCUCAGCUGAGCUGUCGGAGUGCCAGGCCAAGCUGCAGGAGCUGACAGGAAUGCUCCAGAACCUGGAGGCCCUGCACCGCAUCCCCUCGGCCCCGCUCAUCUCCGGCGGCCAGCCCUCGGCCGCCACGGAGAGGCCGAAGAAGGGCCGGAGGACCACCAAGAUCUGGUGCACCCAGAGCUUUGCCAAGGACGACACCAUCGGCAGGGUGAGGGUGGGCCGCCUGCACGGCUCCGUCCCCAACCUGUCCCGCUACCUGGAGUCCUCCCAGAGCCAGCUGCCCUUCGGCCUCCCCCCGGAGUACACCCAGCUGCAGCGGAGCUUCUGGGUGCUGGCCCAGAAAGUGCACGGCUCGCUCAGCAGCGUGGUGGCCGCGCUGGUGGCCGAGAGGGCCCGUCUGGAGGAGAUGAGGCGGGCGCUGGACCGGCAGGGCCCUGCCCCACGCCCCGGCAGCGCCGGCACCGCCGCGCCCUCCCUGCGCCGCUUCCACUCCCUCUCCGUCUCCUCCGACACCACCCUGGAUUCCUUUGCCUCGCUGCACCCCGACGAGCCCGACGGGCUGCCCGCCAAGGGCCGGGAGCAGCAGCUCUCCAACCGCAGCAUCGUCUCGCUGGCCGACUCCCACACCGAGUUCUUCGACGCCUGCGAGGUCUUCCUGUCCGCCAGCUCCUCCGAGAAUGAGCCCUCGGACGACGAGUCGUGCGUCAGCGAGGCCACCACCAGCGCCUGCGAGGAGGGCACCGAGCCGGGGGGGCCGGGCCGCCCCCCGACAGGUACGGGGAGCACCGGGGAGGGGGACACCGUGGGGGGGAGACGGCUCCAUCCCAGCGCCCGGUGCCCGGCAGGAGCGGAGCGUGCGGGGGCACCGCCGGAGCCGCCGCCGCCGCCGGUGGAGCUGCCGGGGCCGGACCCGCGGCGACGGAGCCGGUUGCCCGCGCCCCCCGCGCCGUCGGGGGACGUGAGCCUGUGGGGGCUCCUGAGGAGCAGCGUGGGCAAGGACCUGUCCCGCGUGGCGCUGCCCGUGCAGCUCAACGAGCCGCUGAACACGCUGCAGCGGCUCUGCGAGGAGCUGGAGUACAGCGCGCUCCUGGACCGCGCCAGCCGCGCCCGGGACCCCCGGCAGCGACUG